AUGUAAUCGUGCAUUGUUCACUGUUCUUGUCUUUGAAACGGUAAGCACUAUGUAGUAUAUAGAGUUUUUAUUUUCAUUAGGAACCUUUUGGUUAAUCACAAUGUAAGUUAUUGGUUCCUUGACUGGUCUUUUUGUGUGUUUGGAGACUUAUCUGAUUGGGGUUUUUUGAAUUUUCUUAAGAGGUUUAUAUUACUACAAUGGAUUGCAACAAAGAAGAGGCUAGAAGAGAGAAGAAAAAUCCAAACAAGGUUCGUGCAGCCAAAAAGAGGAGGAGAUUUGAUAUUGAUGUUGCUGGAUCUAGAACAAAACAUAAUAAACGGAGGCAAAAGCAGCAGGGCAUCACUCAGUUUGGGAGAAGCCUUUCUGCAACAGCGGAAGAAGAGCUUAAAGCAGCAGAGACUGGAUCAACUGAUUUGAGUCAAGAGGUUCAAGGUAAAGAAGAUCAGAUAGAGUCAGUGAAAAACAAACUUAUCCAGCUUAGGAGAAAAAUGGAAGAGGAGACUGAUAGAAAGAAGAAAGAUUUGCUUCUGAUACUUUCCAAAAUUGAAGUGUCUGGCAAGCAGCUUGCGGCUGUUGAUCAAGAACUUGAGGUGAAAGAAAAGAGAGUCCAAGAAUUGAACAAUCUGAUCAACAUCUCUGGUGAACAGCUUGACUUGAAAUCCAAAGAAUUAGGACGAGUCCAAAAGCUGACUGAGGCACAAAGGAAAGUACUUUGUGAUAUGAAAAUGAAGCAGCAAGCUGAUGCAUGUAUCAGUGACACUAGCCAAGAAGAUUCAGCUGAAAGCCAACUUCAAGAAAUCACAGCUCAUCUUACUCCCCGAGGGGUCUCCUUAUGUCUUAGAAGUUCACGUGAUCCAGCAGAAUAUGUUCUGGAACAAAUGGAAGAUGGUCUUUCUGACGAAGUGUUUUUAGGGGACUUGUUCGUGGAGAUUUUGGUUCUUUUUCUUGGUGAGCUCGCCAAAAUUCAGCAACUGGUUAAGUCUCAACUGCAGCUCAGGGCCAGAAAAAUGGCAAAUUCAUGGAAAAGGAAGAUGACAAAACGGCCUCUUGAGGCCUUAGCCUUUCUUAUGUUUAUGGUGGCUUAUGGAUUAAAGAAUUUGAUCAAUGAAGAUGACACUGCUCUACUUGCUUCGUUUAUUGCUCAAUACAAACAGGCUCCAACACUCUUUCACUCUAUUGGUCUCAAGCAUGAGCUGAUCCAAGAGUUUGUUGAAGAGCUCAUCACGAAAAGCCAAUAUUUUCCUGCAGCCCGGCUUAUAUGUUUGUUUAAGCUUAAGAAAGAGUUCUCAUUCUCACCCUCAGAGCUCGUAACUGAAGAGAUCAUCAGUUUAAGGCGGUCUUUCCUGAAAAAUAAAUCAACUGGAUCCUCCAAGGGUCUACGAAAAGAUGCUGGAAGAUUGAACACUAUACUUAAACUUGUGAGAGAUCAUAAUCUUGAAGUCAAUCUCCCUGGGGACCUCAUUGUAAAUCUCAUGAUCCAGAGAAAAAAAUCAAGAGAACAACCGACCCCUCUAGUUCGUUUCCCUGGCGUGGCCGAGGAUUGCUACUCAUCAACAAAUCCACAAGCACAACAUGAAUCUUCAGGUUCCUAAACCUGAGGUUAUACCCUACUUGAACUAAAUCCUCAUCUUGCUAAAUGUCUAAACGCUAGUAGGAAGUAGGAACCAAAGUUAGCGUGUAUACAGCUAGUGCUCCUGGUUAUUAGGGUACGUCUUAGGCUAAACUUCGUGUAUUUAUGUACUUGCUCUCUCUUUUGAUUGCACAUGUUGAGUUUUGUCUCUACAAAAUUUAUGAUGACAUCUUUUUCUUGCAAAGUUUAAAACCAUAUCUGUUGUUCA